AUGACAAGCUUUAUCGAUGAAUUUUAUGACAAAACAUGUCAAGAAAGAAACUUACCAGAAGACUGUCUUCAGAUUAGAAAUAGAAAUUUUAACACAUUCCUCUUGGAUUAUUUCAAGGAUAAUAAUAUUGCAAAUUUUGGCGAAUCAGAUUUCCACGCUGAAAUAAAAAAUCAUUUAAUCAUCAAUCUGUCAUUUAAUGGAAGACCAAACGCAAUAAUUGUUUCAGCAAUAUAUCAAGAAAGAAUUUGUGGCGAAAUUGUAACAUUGCUCACUGUUGGUAAUGUUAAGAAUUUUAUCGAGGUCUUGGAUAUUUUCUCAGGAAAUCAAAUUACAGAUUUUUCAAAUAUUACAAUUGGCAAAUCAGUUGUAAGAAAAUACACUGAAGAAAAUGAUAAGAAAUAUAAUUAUGAUUUAUUUAGCUGCCAAGGCAAUGAAACUGGUAAAUAUGGUGAAAGAUUAUUCUUCUUUUUCCUUGAUAGCGACUUGAAAAGCUUAAUAUUCAAAAUGUAUAGCGUAUACCCAAAGUCAAAAACAAUAUUUCCUAUGGGUUUUAUCAUUUAUUUUUUUAACCCACCCAAGACAAAACAAAAAAGUCAGCAGAAAGAGCAGUCAUCCAAUCAACCUUCAUUCCUUAAUAGAAUACUUAAUUGGAUCCCAUUUGUGAAUUCAAACAAACCUACUACCGGUUAUCAGAAAUUAAAAACACAAUAG